CCAACCAAAGCACUAAAGAGCAAACUAGAAUCACCCGUUUCCUCCUCUCCCUUGCUACAUCAGCUUCCACAGUUCCACAGAGUUUCGAGUCCGAUGUCCAGUCAGCAAGAAAUGUCUCUCGUCACGGCGAAUCCUCCGGUCAACGUCGAUCAAAUCUUCGCCGAGGUUGACAUGACCGGCGGCGACUCCUCUCCAAUCGUCCGAGCUACCGUCGUCCAGGCCUCUACCGUCUUCUACGAUACUCCCGCCACGCUAGAUAAGGCGGAGAGGUUGCUCGCCGAGGCGGCGGAACUCGGGUCCCAGCUCGUGGUGUUCCCGGAGGCUUUUAUCGGCGGAUAUCCUCGUGGCUCUAGCUUCGAGCUGUCGAUUGGUGCUCGAACGGCCAAAGGAAGGGACGAUUUUCGCAAGUACCUUGCAUCUGCCAUUGAUGUUCCUGGCCCUGAAGUGGAAAGAUUGGCGGAAAUGGCGAAGAAGUACAAAGUGUUCUUGGUUAUGGGUGUGAUUGAGAAGGAAGGCUAUACGCUAUACUGCACCGUCCUGUUCUUUGAUUCACAAGGUCAGUUCUUGGGUAAGCACCGGAAACUCAUGCCUACAGCUCUUGAACGCUGCAUCUGGGGAUUCGGAGAUGGAUCAACGAUCCCUGUUUUCGAUACUCCCAUUGGGAAAAUCGGCGCUGCUAUUUGUUGGGAAAAUAGGAUGCCUUCUUUGAGAACCGCAAUGUAUGCCAAAGGGAUUGAGAUAUAUUGUGCACCUACUGCUGAUGCUAGAGAAACUUGGCAAUCAUCGAUGACUCACAUAGCUCUUGAAGGUGGAUGUUUUGUUUUGUCGGCUAACCAAUUCUGUCGCCGGAAAGAUUAUCCUCCUCCACCGGAUUACCUGUUUUCCGGUUCGGAAGAGAGCCUCACACCGGAUUCUGUUGUCUGCGCCGGUGGCAGCUCUAUCAUUUCACCUUUGGGAGUUGUUCUUGCUGGACCAAACUAUGAAGGAGAGGCUCUUAUCUCAGCUGAUCUAGAUCUUGGGGAUAUAGCACGAGCCAAGUUUGACUUCGACGUGGUCGGUCACUACUCGAGGCCUGAAGUUUUUAGCUUGAACAUAAGGGAGCAUCCAAGAAAAGCGGUCAGCUUCACUUCGAAGGUAACCAAAGAUGAGACCGUUAAAAACUGAACAUUACUACCCAAACUUUUCAACGUCAAGACUUGUUGGAAUUUAUGUAAAUUAUCAACUUCCAACGUCAAGACUCUGGAUUGAAAUCAUUAUCAGAUCCAAUCCUUUAUAUUGAGUUUGUCUUUCAUCGUCUAUAUUGUUGUUUCUGUUUAUUCCAUCUUCAAAUUUGAACAUAAAAAAUUGGUGAUUCAGCCACUUGUUUGACUGAGUUUGUUUUUAAGUAUGGCUUAAAGCUA